AUGGGCCUCACCGUGUCCGCGCUCUUUUCUCGGAUCUUCGGGAAGAAGCAGAUGCGGAUCCUCAUGGUCGGCUUGGAUGCAGCCGGCAAGACCACAAUCCUGUACAAACUGAAGUUGGGGGAGAUUGUCACCACCAUUCCCACCAUCGGCUUCAAUGUGGAAACAGUGGAAUACAAGAACAUCUGCUUCACAGUCUGGGACGUGGGAGGCCAGGACAAGAUUCGGCCUCUAUGGAGGCACUACUUUCAGAACACUCAGGGUCUCAUCUUUGUGGUGGACAGUAAUGACCGGGAGCGGGUCCAGGAGUCGGCUGAUGAACUUCAGAAGAUGCUGCAGGAGGACGAGCUGCGGGAUGCGGUGCUGCUGGUCUUUGCCAACAAGCAGGAUAUGCCCAACGCCAUGCCCGUGAGCGAGCUGACCGACAAGCUGGGCCUGCAGCACUUGCGCAGUCGCACGUGGUAUGUCCAGGCCACCUGUGCCACCCAAGGUACAGGCCUCUACGACGGGCUGGACUGGCUGUCCCACGAGCUGUCAAAGCGUUAA